AUGCGUAAUCUAACCCCAGAUAAAGCUUUCAGAUUGAAAAAGCAAAGUAUUUUUGAGUUGAAUUUCAGUGAAGAACCUAAAUCUACUAAAAUUCAUAGUCGAUAAAGCAAUCAACCAAUAGAAACAUUAUUUUAGGCAUAUACUAAAAAUAGAGUAAUAAAGUUAAAAGAAACACAUCAAAUGCAUAGCAAAAUCCAAUCUCUCAAAUCAAAACUAAUUAGAAUUUUUAAGGAUAAUAGAUAAUAAUCCCCUCAUGAUGUAUUCACAGAUUAAAAUGGAAAAUAAAUUUUAGAAGAAUUAAAGGAAUCUCAUAUACUAAAUAUGUCAGGGUUAUAACGGAUGGUCAAUUCCAAUGAAAAAAAUCCCUUCUUCCUUAAUCAUCCUAGGCACUCCAGUGGGUUAAGAAAAUGUUAUUUUCGAUAUCCUACUGAUGCUAUUGAGAAAUUUGAUAGAAGUACUGCAGCAACACCCUAGCCACUCUAAAGAAGGUAUACACCAUUGUUAAAACCAAGAAUAAGAAAUUCUGAAUAAUGGAAUGAAUUAAAUGCUUGGCAAACAAAAGAUGAGUCCACUACUAAUUUAUUUUGA